AUGCGCGACGACCCCGCUCUCGGCAUCCUGUUUGACCAGACGAUGGGAGCUGGUUGGGUAGGACUGCAGUUGGGCCAACACAGUCUCUCAGAAAGCCUCCAUCCUCCCUCCCCUGGCUCGACCGAAUACGCAAGUGUAUCCGGCUGCCACGCGCCAAGUCGAACCGCGGCCGAUGUGGCCAUGGACGCAUACGGCCACACGCUGAGGAUCGACGGCGCGCUUUGCAGGAAGUUUGCCGGCGAGCCAGCCCGUCGGGAGCCGACGCAGCGGCGGAGUGAUCAGAAGCUAAACAUUGAACGGCGUAGGAACGUCGAGGCUUUGCUGGCCUACAUCACCGGCGAGGUGGCUGCGCAGGCUUGCAAGAACUGCCAGAAACGCAACGGCCCGUGGACCCUGUGUGUCGUGUACGAGGGCCAAAUGUGCGGCAGCUGCAGCAACUGCUGGUUUAACGCGAGUGGUUCGAGGUGUACGUUUCAUGGUACGUUGCGUGGCCUGCGGAUCAAAUCGUGUCAGCCCUGCCUCGCUUGCCCAACCCUAACAAGAUGCGAUGGACUAGAGAACAACAACCCUCAGCCACCUCAUUUUGCCUCGUCCUUGGCUGUCCCUGCCUCCUCCACACAGGCAGCGCAUCCUGUAGCGACGACAUACCAGCAACUCUCAACUGCGGCGCCUCCCAGCACGUCAUUACAGCCCGAUAUCUUUCAACGGCUCUCGGCUGAUGCAACUAGGCAGUUUCUUAGCCAGACGGUGGGGGAUAUCGUCAGCUUGACGAAAAAAGAACGGUACAUUGCCAGAAUAGAGUCUGCAGCCCAAGAAUUGGGGAUGCGCCUCGCGGAAUACGACGAGUAUUUGCAGUCCCCAGAAGCAAUCGCCGAGCAAAGGUUGGGACAAGACCAGCUUUCUCAGAGUCAGGCGGAAGACCACUCACCCGGCGGGCCAUUGUCAUGA